ACAACACACACACACAGGACCGUCAGAGUUUGAAAGGAGGAAGAAAAAGACGAGCUCCGAAUCCACUACCUGCUUAAACGCGCAUCUGUCGAUCUCCUGGAGAGGAAUUUCUCACUUUCUGAAUUUUAAUCGAAGCCGAGUGCUGAGGUUGGAGUUUCAGAAAUGACGGACGCGAUAAUAUCAAACGGAUGCGGCAGCAACGGAGUGGGAGACAAUGACUACUUCAAAAAGGGCUGUAACCCGCUGGCUCAGACCGGCCGCAGUAAACUUCAAAACGAGAGAGCGAGCCUCAAUCAGCAGAUCAUCAAACAGAUGAGGUUGAGAGCAGGGGCUGAGAAUCUCCUCAAGGCCACAGCCAAUAAUAAAGUCCGAGAUAUGGUUCUGCUGGAGUUGAGUUAUGUGAACGCCAACUUGCAGCUUCUUAUGGAGCAAUUGGAAGGUCUGAACAGUUCAGUAGAGGUUUACCAAAAUGUUCAAGGUUCAGCCAUAAUCCCUCUCAUUCCUUUGGGCCUGAAGGAGACAAAAGACGUGGACUUUUCUGUACCUUUCAAGGAUUUCAUCUUGGAGCAUUACAGUGAGGAUGGCACACGCUUUCAGGAUGAAAUUGAUGAUCUGAUUGACCUGAGAAAGGCAUGCCGCACUCCAAGUCGUAAUGAUUCAGGGGUCGACCUACUCGCCAGCUACUUCAGCCAACUAUCACUCCUGGAGAGUCGCUUCUUCUCCCCCAACCGCCCGAUGGGCAUUUUCUUCACAUGGUAUGACUCUUUUACUGGUGUGCCAGUGUGCCAGCAGAAUGUAUCCCUGGAAAAGGCCAGCAUCCUGUUCAACAUGGCAGCCCUUUACUCGCAGAUUGGCACACGCAGCGACAGACACACACAGUCCGGCCUAGAGGACGCUAUCACCGCCUUGCAAAAAUCAGCCGGUGUGCUCAAUUACCUGAAGGAAACGUUUACACACACUCCCAGCUAUGACAUGAGCCCGGCCAUGUUGAAUAUGCUGAUAAAGAUGAUGUUGGCCCAGGCUCAAGAGUGUGUGUUUGAAAAGAUCACUCUUCCUGGAAUCCGCAAUGAGUUCUUCAGCCUGCUCAGGAUGGCACAGGAAGCUGCCAAGGUGGAAGAAGUAUACGACCAGGUGUACCAGUCGAUGAUCCAGUCCCCUGUUAAAGACAAUGUGCCCUUUUUCUGGUCCACAAUGGCACAAGUGAAGGCCCAUCACUAUUGCGGUCUCGCCCAUUACUUCAUUUCCACCUCCCUACUGGACCAUGAGCUAACCCUCAAUGAUGAUGAGGAUAAGCAGGAGAAGGCUCUCUCUCAGUUGUAUGACACAAUGCCUGAUGGACGCGCUCCCCUGGAGAUCCUGCGCAAGAAACAGGAGCGGCGACACAUAGGUAAGGCUCACCUGAAGCGUGCCAUAAUGAACCAAGAGGAAGCAUUGCGUAACCAGAGCCUGUGCCCUCACCUCCGCAAGCUGGACAUCCUCACUACCAUUCUUGAUGCCAGCCACAAUCGCUCGCUUUCAAAAUUUGAGCAAUACAGCACAGAAGAGGAGUUCACCGAUUACAUGGAGGCACCAGACAUCAUCUCUAAAACUGAGCAGAAAGCAGAAAUGGAAGUUCCCACCACCAUUAAGGUGAAAGUCAAAGACUUAUUCCACCGACUGGGCCCGUUGUCGGUAUUCUCAGCCAAACAGAGGUGGACCGCACCGCGUACAUUCAGGUUAAAGGCUGAAGACAGAGACCUAGGUUUCACACUGAAAGGGGAUGCACCUGUCCAGGUCCAAUCACUUGACCCCCUAUGUCAGGCAGCUGCGGAUGGCCUGAAAGAGGGCGAUUACUUGGUCGCCGUUGGUGAUACAGACUGUAAAUGGAUGGGCGUGAGCGAUGUCAUGAAGCUGUUAAAGGAUGUGGACGACGAAGGCAUCGACAUAAAAGUCAUCAGCAUGAUGGACAACAGCAUCCAGACCAUGGCAACAAAAAGUGCCACAUUCUCAGGCGGGCUUUCAAAAACCUACUCCAUGAUCUGCCUGGCUGAAAAUGAUGACGAGAAACGUCCAAAAACCCGCAAAGUCAGCAAGAAGAUGUCAUUCCUCAGCUGGGGGCUGAAGAACAAGCAGAAGAGCGCCAGCACUCUCAGCCUCCCCACAGCUGACUACAAACCCUCCGUCCCCAGGUCCUUCAACGACAGUAGCCUCUACUGAACACACCGACACAGCGGACACUGACCUGCAGACUAUAGCACAGUGCUCUCAGGCACAGGUACAAAGUCAGUCAGUCAGUGGUGAAAUGAAGGAAAAAAGACUUUUGCACACAAUUCUUAGGACAGAUUGAGUAAAUGCUUGAUGUUUCUCUCUGCUGGCGAAAAGUUUAUAAUCCUUCAAGUCAUUGUUCCCAUAUAGUUAAUAUGGUUAAAAUAUAAUUACCACACAUGGUUUUUGAAAAUCUAUAAAUGUGCUGUACAUCUGUUAUAUUGUCUCUGUGUGUCCCAUAUAUGGGAGGGACUUUUUAUAUAUAAACAGGUACAGGGAACUGAUACCUUGUGAAAACAGGAGGACCCUGUGCUUUUACCAAUCAAGAACAUUCAACUGCUGCUGCUGUAAUUAUUAUUUCACUGUAUUUUUCUUUUGAGGAGUCGGUGAUUAUCAUUAGGUGAACUUAUUUACUUAGGUUUUUUUUUUUUUUUUGUGUAAAACUUAGUCUGUCUGCAGUUCCACAGGAAUACACUAAGGAAUAGAGUAAAACCUUGACUAAAUACUUUCAUUAACACUGCUAUAUGGAACAUGUGAGGAAUUUUAAGAAGUAAAAAUGUUAAAAGAUUACGUUAGUUAAUUACAAGGUUAGCGUGAAAUAUAUUGGAGUGUUAUAGUUUGUGUAAUGUGAACGUUCAGUGGGUGGGUCAUGUAUUGUGUUAAUCUACCAGUACAGUGGUUGUUCCUGUAUUAUAAAACAUACUUUACUAUUCAUUUUGAUGUGAGUGUAGACAGGAAGAUGAGUUCUGCCAGGACUCUGGUGGUGCUUGAGCCAACCUCAAGCUUAAAGGAUUAAAGAAGAACCUCAUUCAGUAUGGAAAGACUUAUUAUUCUUAUUUUUUAUGUAGGCUAUUUGCUAACACCUUCUGAAGUGUUAGACAUAUUUCACUGUCUACAACGUAGAUACUUAUACACAUUUGAUAAUCAAAUAAAUAAAAUGCACAUAGAUAAAAAGAUUUAUAAUUAUAAGUAUGUAUUCAUUUGAUGGUAUUUAGUGAUAGUCCCACUGUGGCUAGUUGCACAUACAGUAGGUGAUGCCAUAGGUGAGAUUUCAUGUUCGUGCAAUUAAGUAUUUGACUUCUUCGUACUAUUCUCUGUUCUUCAGAUGAUUUUUUGUGGUUUUUUUUGUUUCUGGUAGUUAGUGUGUGUGUGUGUGUGUGUGUGUGUGUGUGUGUGGGGUGGGGGGGCGUCCCUUUAAAAUGUCUAAUUCCCUUUAAAAUUCUUUAGGGGACUUUACUCCUAAACAUUGUUUUAUACAUGUCAUUGUCUCUUCAUACACCAGAGCUGCAAUAUCUAGACUUGUUUUUUAACACAUGGAUUUUUGGGAUUUUAAUAAAAAUCAAAAUGAGUUUAAUGUUAUGCGAUUUUAAGACCUCAGCACAGGUAGUGGAGGUCACAUGCAGGUUGAUGGUUGCUCUGUGAUUAUAAUAGAUUAUAAUACAAUAUUUUAAAAGGGCAUAUUUAUGUUUAUAUAUUGUGGGUUAAUUAUUAAUGUAUUAGUAAACUUAAAUGAGCCUUUAAGGGCAAACCUCUAUAAUGAUACUGUAUCCAUUGGGGUUUUGGCUUUUGGAUAUUUUUUUUUUCCUGUGCUUUUAGAUUUGCUCGUCUCUAUUCUGUUGCACUCUACAAUUUAUUAUAAGUGGAAGUGAGGCUCAUUUGGUGUUUUUUAUUAUUAUUUUUUCCCUGUCACUUUCUUGUAUAUAAACCUGAAAUAAAAAUAAAAUAAUGGGAGAUA